CGAAGAAGAACGUAAACUGGUUCUUGCAGAUGUACACGUGGGUUGGAUUUAAUACCUGUUUUUGUUUCUAAAGUUAAGAAUCUGAACUGAACUGGAGAUGUCGGCAGACGAUGUGGAGCGGCUGUUGAUCCAGUUUCAGGAUGAGAGCGGGGAGGUUCUGGGUUCACCUUUUGAUGUGCCUCUAGAUAUCACUCCAGAAAAGCUCCAGCUGGUUUGCAAUGCGUUGUUACAAAAGGAAGAGCCGGUGCCACUGGCGUUUUUUGUGCGUGGAGAAGCUGAGGUGGUGUCCAAUUUGGGGUCUUGUGUGAAAGCUCUAGGCGUGGAAACAGAACAAGUGUUGCCGGUGGUAUAUCAGCCUCAGGCUGUGUUCAGGGUUCGGGCUGUGACCCGGUGCACCAGCUCAUUACAAGGACACACAGAAGCAGUCAUCUCAACAGCUUUCAGCCCUACUGGCAAAUUUUUGGCCAGUGGUUCAGGUGAUACCACAGUGCGUUUCUGGGACUUGACCACUGAGACACCCCAUCACACUGCCAGAGGGCAUACACAUUGGGUAUUGGUCAUCGCCUGGUCACCUGAUGGAAAGAAGUUGGCUUCAGGGUGCAAGAACAGUCAGCUCUGUCUUUGGGACCCAGUGACCGGGAAACAAAUAGGGAAGACUUUGACAGGACACACCAAGUGGAUCACGUGGCUUUGCUGGGAACCACUUCAUCUUAACCCAGAGUGCCGGUACUUAGCCAGUAGCUCCAAAGAUGGCUCUGUACGAAUUUGGGACACAGUGCUGGGACACUAUGAGAAGAUCCUGACUGGACAUACUCAGUCAGUCACCUGUGUAAAGUGGGGAGGAGAUGGACUUCUCUACACUUCUUCCCAGGAUAGGACAGUCAAAGUCUGGAGAGCUAAAGAUGGUGUUCAGUGCAGGACUUUGCAGGGUCACGCUCACUGGGUGAACACCCUGGCUCUCAGCACCGACUAUGUCCUGCGCACUGGAGCUUUUGAGCCUGCCACUGCGACAGUCAACCCCCAGGACAUUACUGGAUCAUUGGAAGAGUUGAAGGAGAAAGCCUUGCAGAGAUAUAAUAGAGUUCGGGGUACAGCUCCUGAGCGUUUGGUGUCUGGCUCGGAUGACUUUACUUUGUUCCUCUGGAAUCCUGCAGAAGAAAAGAAGCCUUUGUGCAGGAUGACUGGCCACAGUGCUCUGGUCAAUGAAGUGCUCUUUUCUCCAGAUACCAGACUUCUUGCCUCUGCCUCUUUUGACAAGUCAGUUAAAGUCUGGGAUGGACGCACUGGAAAGUACUUGAUGUCCCUGCGUGGCCAUGUGGGAGCUGUUUAUCAAGUAGCAUGGUCAGCAGACAGCAGACUGUUGGUCAGUGGCAGCAGCGAUAGUACACUUAAAGUUUGGGACAUCAAGACCGGGAAGCUGAACAUGGACCUUCCUGGACAUGCUGAUGAGGUAUAUGCAGUGGACUGGAGCCCUGAUGGACAGAGAGUGGUCAGUGGUGGAAAAGACAAAUGUCUCAGAAUAUGGAGAAGGUAGCUGCACCUCUGUGCAUCUUAAUCUUCAGAGGAUUUCCUAUUGUGGCACCAAACAGUAUUCACAUCUCUCAAAGAGCCUGACAGCUGGAGCGAAGGCAGCGAGAAUCUACUUAAAGCCCCUUUCACACUGGGGCUGUUC